AUGUUCCGGACUGAGAUCAGUCAAGUGCCAGUGAGGUGCAAGACAUGGGAGAAUGUUGGAGAAAGAGCGGCGUAUUGGCAUGACAGUCAUGGCCGGGUCGAAGGGAACAAAGGGAGAGGAUCGGAAAGAGAGGACCGAGUCCGAAUAGUCUUGCCCUUCCUCACAACGAUGAUGAACAUCGCCGCCAUCUCAGCGGCCGUCUCAGCUGCCGUUUCUUCUUCUUCAGCCGACUCGACGACAUCCUCGCGUUCUCGUUCUUCACUACCAAGCAGCACAAGUACAAGCACAUCUUCUUCACUCUCAUCCACCUUCUCCGACCUCUCUUUAUCCUCUUUCGCAAGUGCCCCAUCACCACCACACUCCACCUCUGGAGCAAAAACACACGCAUUCUUCGCAUCGCCUUUCUCCUCGUCCUCCCCCGUAUCGACACUCGAUGAACCCUCAAUCACCGCCCACUUCUUCGCAAACCCCACCGACCCUCCACCUCUCCUCCCACACCGCUCAAAACCAAAGCAGACCAACACGAACCGUAUACAUGUCUCCCGCAUCUUUCCCUCGCGAUACACUUCCACCACGCCCGACGCGAAACCCCACUUUAUCGAUACAGAUACCGCCCUCCUCCUCCCAUUGCCCUCUCCAAGCUUUGAAAGAACACACUCGUCUUCGUCUUCGAUAUCAUCAGCGUCGUCUUCACGCAUCGUAGAUCCCAACGACCGCUUACCCACCCCGCCUCCCCCUCCUGAACAACACGAUGAAGAAGAGCCCACACCACGCCCUGCGAACCUCGAGCCGUCUUUAUCGCAGUUUGAGAAAGGGAUGCAGGCGGAGGUGCUUGAUGAUGACGAUGAGCCGCGCCAAGGAAGUAUCAUCACUUCGCAUACGCCCCAUCUCCUCAGAGAGCGAGAAACACCAACGCCAACAUCGCGAUCGAUAGAGCCUACGCUUCGGUUGAUGCGUCCCCUUGGACAAGGAGGGUUCUCGGCCGUAUGGCUCGCUGAAGAUCUAUCGCCUGUGCCUCUUGCGUUGGCGUCUAAAGCGAGUGUGAGGGAUUUGAGGAGGAAGGCGAGCUUAAAUAAGAAAUCGGGGGAAGAGGCGCGGGCGGGGUCGAUGGAGGAGGAUCCCGCUAAAAGUCCUAGAUCUAGCGAUGGAAAGGCUCUGUCUCGGAAGUCGAGUUUACGGUCCCCGACGACGGGGGGUGGGACGUUCCAUCAGCAGCAGCGACAGACGCUGUCGAGGGAUAGCAGUUUAAAGUUUAAGGAACGGGUGAGGGGGACGAGGCCUGCCGGGAGGAUUAAAGGGGGUAAGAGGGGUGGAGACAAUGAGGUGUACCUUGACGAGAGGCAUGGAGAGAUGGGUGUCUUGCGAAAGGAGGGUAUAGGGGAUUUAGAAGCUACUCCAAGAGGAAGGGUUGUUGCUGUCAAGAUGACGGCCAAGCGGAGUAUUGGAACGAGUUUAUUGGAAGAGGAGAGGACGAGAGUUGGGUUUGUUCGAGAGGUUGAAGUGCUUAGGCACAUAUCGCAUCCAAAUAUUACCCCGCUUCUAGCUCACUUGAACACUGCGACGCACCAUGUAUUGGUCUUGCCAUACCUACCAGGCGGCGAUCUUCUGGGUCUUGUCAAUAACGACGUAGCGUGGGGAAAAUUGGGCGAAACCGUUCUUCAAAGAGUAUGGUGCGAGCUGGCUAAAGCCGUUGGAUGGAUGCAUGGCGUCGGUUUGGUCCAUAGGGACAUUAAACUCGAGAACAUACUCUUAACAACAACGGCAUACAACGCCCUCACACCCUCCUCCCCGCCACCAACCCUCUGCACCCUCCCAACCCCACCCCUCCCACUCAUCAUGCUCACGGACUUUGGCUUGUCAAGGUUCGUAGAGAUAGACGAAGACGGCGAUGCCGAGCUCCUUUCUACGCGAUGUGGGAGCGAAGCGUACGCUGCACCAGAGCUCGUCAUGGGCGGGGGCGGGUCCACAUCUGGAUCUGGAAAGAAAACACGUAGAGGGGUGUAUGACGCCCGUGAGACGGACGCAUGGGCUUGUGGUGUUGUUCUUUAUGCGCUUGUGGCGAGGAGGCUGCCGUUUGGUGAAGGCGUCGCUGGUGCUGGUGGUGGAGGAGGAGGGAAGAUUGGGGGGGAGAGAGGGGAGGGAAAGACAGGUGGUGGUGUGUUUGAGAGGAGGCAGUGGUUGAUGAGAAUUGCGAGGGGGGAAUGGGAGUGGCCUGGUGGUGAGCUGCUGGAGCGUGUGGAGGGGGAGGAAGAGUUGGUGGGUGAACGAUUGGUGGAGAGUCGAGGUGCGCGGAGGAUGGUUGGUCGAUUGCUUGUCCGAGAUCCGAGGAAACGAGCAAGGGUGGCCGAGCUGUGGGACGACGAGUGGAUGUGGACUAGUGGGUGUGUCGUUCCGGAGAGUGUUGGGCAGCAUCCGCGUGUCGUGCCCAUUGAUUCGUCACAUUCGGACGGCGGGGAGGAUGUGAUGUUUGCGUCACAUGUGGACGAGGAGGGCAGGUCUGUGCCGAUAUUGAGGGUCCAUGACGGAGGGGAGGCUGACGCUAUGGAUGUGGAUGAUGGGGAGUGGAUAUUCGACGAUGAGGAUGGGGAGGGGAAGGCUUUGGAGGGUGAGCCAGAGGAGGAGGAGGGGUUACUCCUUGAUCAAGAAGGGAUUGACAGUAUCGCACGACAGGAGGUCGUCUGA